GUCAAACAUGGCGACGAUUAAUUUUUUUCAAUGGAACCUCACAUGUCUUGCGAAAAGUGUUGAUUUUACUUAAAUAUGUAGUGAACAUCGAAUUGGUUAUUUGAUACUCAUCUGGUAAACAAUUAAACUGAUAUGUUUAUACAUUGCUUUUACUCAUCAUAUCCACAACAGCAGAGGAAUUAGAAAAUAAAUGAUGACCUUCUAACUCCUCUGCACUGUGUUUAGUUUGUUGGUUUCAUUUUCAACCAUGACAUCGAAGAAAGAAGUUCGCAUUUUACUUGUCGGGGAUCCUGGUGUCGGGAAGACUUCUUUGAUUCUAACUUUGGUGAGUGAAGAGUUUCCAGAUGAAGUUCCAGCGAAAGCUGAGGAAAUAACCAUUCCAGCAGAUGUCACACCAGAGAGAGUUCCCACACAUAUAGUGGACUAUAGUUCUCAAGAGCAAGAUGAAGAUGUCCUUCAAGAAGAGUUGUCAAAGUCCAAUGUGGUCUGCAUCAUAUACUCUGUGGAUGAUGAUGACUCAAUUGAAAGGAUCACCUCUUAUUGGCUGCCUUACAUUCGGAAUCACCUCGGGGAGGAUCAUAAGACUCCUGUUAUACUGGUGGGAAACAAGUGUGAUCUGAUGGAUUUCAGCACAGAGGAGGUGAUGCGACCAAUAAUGAAUGAUUUUGCUGAAGUGGAAACUUGUGUUGAGUGUUCAGCCAGAACCUUAAAAAAUAUCAGUGAGAUGUUUUACUAUGCACAAAAGGCUGUCCUACACCCAACUGCAGCUGUUUACAACUCAGAGGAAAAAGAGCUAACAUUGCAGUGCAAGAAAGCUCUGACAAGAAUAUUUAAGAUCUGUGAUUUAGAUAAUGACUCUAUUUUAAAUGACGAUGAAGUGAACUUAUUUCAAUUGAAAUGUUUCCAUGCCCCACUCCACGCCCAGUCACUAGAAGAUGUAAAGGCCAUAGUAAAGAGAAACAUUUCUGAUGGGGUUGUCAAUAAUGGUUUAUCUCUCAAAGGAUUUUUGUUUCUACACACACUAUUUAUACAGCGAGGCCGACAUGAGACCACAUGGACUGUGUUACGAGCCUUUGGUUAUGAUGACAACCUUCAACUCACUAAAGAAUACUUAUCACCAAAGAUUCAUGUUGGUUUAGGAUGCACAACAGAAUUAUCUUUUCAAGGUCUACAAUUUCUUAAGAUUUUAUUCCAAAAAUAUGAUGAGGACAAUGAUGGUCAUUUGUCUCCACCAGAGUUACAGAACUUGUUCAGUACAUGUCCCAUGAUGCCCUGGGGUCCGGAUGUAAACAAUACCGUGUGUACCAAUCAUACUGGCUGGAUAUCUCUACAUGGAUAUUUAGCUCAAUGGGAGUUAACUACACUUUUAGAUGUCCCUAGGACAAUAGAGUACCUUGCCUAUUUAGGAUAUCGGUACCUUAACGACAGUCAGUUAUCAGCUGUCACAGUGACAAGAGACAAGAAAAUAGACUUAGAAAAGAAACAGACCAGCAGGAAUGUGUUCAGGUGUCAUGUUUUAGGGGCCAAAGGAGUGGGAAAGACAUCUUUACUACAAGGCCAUUUAAAUAGGAAUCUUAGAUAUGUGGCCACUUUGAACAAGGAACACUUGUCAAGUUUCACCAUUAACACAGUUCAGGUGUAUGGACAGGAGAAAUACUUACUGCUCCAUGAGGUAGACGUGGCCGUUAGUGACAUGUUGAACCCGACAGAGAUGAACUGUGAUGUGGCCUGUCUAGUCUACGAUGUCACCAACCCUCGCACAUUUGAAUUCUGUGCCAGAAUGUACUUGAAACAUUUUCUGGACAGUCGUAUACCAACUCUUGUGGUUGCCUGUAAAACAGAGCACCCGGCCAUCAGGCAGGACUACAUCAUGACCCCCGCCCAGUUCUGUAACAAGUACAAACUCCCCCCUCCCCAGAGCUUUACAUGUAUAGACAAGGUCAACAAGGAGGUGUACAUCAAACUGGCGACCAUGGCCGCUUACCCCAACCUGAAACGUUUGGUCCAUAUGCUGCUUGUACAGCAGAACCCACUCUGGCUACAAGAAAGAUUAAGAUGUGGUGCUCUGCAUGUAAGAGAGAUCAUAUCUCGAGACGAGAAGUUUUACCUGAAGAUUGGUCUAGUCACUGCACUCUUAGCCGGGCUGGGAUUUCUAGCGUAUCGAAUGACUCGCUCCUCUAGCUAAUAAUCAACUUACAUCUUUAGUAUCUGCUGGUGAUGUCGUAUUGAGAUGAAAUUGAUUAUACUCAUGAUAUGUGAUUAAGUUUAAUGCUGAUAUUGAAUUACCUGAGUUACAAAGAACAGUCAACUGAAACAUUGUGAAAUGUCUAAGGGAUCUCUGUUAAAUGCAGAUUAUUUCUGCACGAAACCAGUGAUCUUCACAUCCUUCAGUGACUAAGGAUAUUGUCUAAAUCCAUGUCAUGUUAAAGUAGAACUACAUGUAUUGACAGUGGAUAUUUUAAACACUGCUGUUAUUGAGACCAUUUGGUUGUGUAUAGGUUUUACUGUUGUGUACAAUGUGUGUAUGAUAUUCUGGGAGUUCUCAAUUCAUAAACACAUGCACUUUGAUGUCAGAUCAUUAUUUUGUGGUCAAACCAAGGAUAAUUUAUCAUUAUUUAAUUUUACGCUGAAAUAUGACAUUGAGUACACAAUUUCAUUGGUUAAUACAUAUUUGCAUGUAAUUGAAGCAAUGCAAUUGUAUUCAGAAAGGUAAAAAGUCUUUGAACAAGGCAAAUAGUUGACAAAAGAUGCUUUUUCUUUUCGACCAAUAGGUUUCCUUUCUCAAACCUGGUUUAAGUCUUUCGUUAAGCAUUGUCAACUCUAAGAGAUGUAUAAGUAUACUGCAUUCAUUGUAACUCGAGUACGGCAUCUUUUUAAUAUUGAUUGUAUUCUUCAUUAUUUCAGUGUUACUUAAAAAAAAAAAUUCAGGUAAAUGGACCACUGGGUAUAAAGUAUGAAAAUCAAUGAAAUCAUGAUGUAAAUCCAGAAUAAAUUAACUUAGUUCUCUCUGUUAAAGUUGAAGCCAGGUGCUUUUUGAUUUAGCCAUUUAAUGUAAAAAAUAUACAAAAAAGAUUUUAUGUAAGUAUUAUAUUUAAUUUAAUAUUUUGGUAUUAAACUCACUUUUCAAUUCUGCAAAAUAAGAUGGGUGUGGUACUAGAUGUAUGUAUGCAUGUUUCUACAUCACUUUACUGUAACACUGUAAAGUACCUCUGAAUAAAGAUAAAACAGAGUAAUGUAUAUA